UGCAACUUUCUGUAUUUUUCCGCUGAAUACAAUAAUGCGUCUUCUACGGCUCGAUUCUGACAAACACAAGUGGACCCUUGAGUCGUUCUCAAGAGAAGAAACUCCAAUUUAUGCUAUUUUGUCCCAUACUUGGGGCAGCAGUCGUGAUGAGGUUCAAUUCGAGGACAUCCAAGGCGAACAGAAAGACUACGAUGAUACUAGCAAACUGGGAUACGAGAAACUGCGCUUUUGUCAAGAGAAAGUUGUGAGGGAUGGUCUAACAUACUUCUGGAUCGACACCUGCUGCAUCAACAAGUCGUCCAGCUCCGAACUCCAGCAUUCACUAGCCUCCAUGUUCUACUGGUACCAAAAUUCCGCCAGAUGCUACGUGUAUCUCUCUGAUGUAUCCGUUCAUGAAUCUACAGAAGGUUCUGAUGAGAAAUGGAAAGAUGCAUUCUUAAGGAGCAGAUGGUUCAAACGCAGUUGGACACUUCAAGAACUCAUUGCACCAACUUCCAUCUUCUUCUUUUCUAAGGAAAAAACAUUCCUCGGUAAUAAGAAAGAGCUAAUGUCUACGAUUAGCGCUGUGACUCGGAUUCCCAUUCGAGCUCUCCAGGGACUUGGGGUCAUUUACUUUACCGUAGAUGAGCGUUUAUCUUGGAGCCAGGGCCGCUCUGCAACUAUCCCGGAAGAUGCUGCUUAUUCUUUGAUGGGGAUUUUUGGCGUGCAGCUACCCAUUUUGUAUGCAGACGGUGACUACGAUGAGAGGAAAAACAUAGCAUUAAAAACCCUGAAAAAAGCGAUUGCGGAAAAGAAGGUCGACGACAAAGAACCACACCGUGUCAUACGAAUUGGUGGGGCAUCUUGGGGUGACCUCAUGAGAUUGAGCGAGAAUGACUUGCAAGAAUUGGAUUCCGACCUUCAAGAAUACCAGAAAUGGCUACUUGAAGAGUUGCCAAAUCAGAUUAAUAAAUUGGCUGUCUGGACCCCAUUGCUUGGAGAACUUUCGGAGGCUGCAGGUGUAAAGAUGAAGGCAUUGCUGGAAAAGCAUGGCGUUGUUUACGAGGACUUAUCACACCUUCAACCCAAAAUGCGACCUUAUGAACAGGCGUGGGCCUGCUUUAGUGACGAGCAACUCCCAGUACAAACGCGAGUGCAAGCACUAGUGGAGAAUCGGUGGUUCUUCACGAGGAAGAACGAGAACGUCUUCACAUGCAUCACUGCAGCUAGAACGCUCGAAGAUUUAAUGAUCUGGAGAAAGGUAUGGGGCAAGUAAAGUAUAAUGACAAACCUCUGCUAUUGCACUGAAAUACUGCUCUAUUGAGGCUUCUCGUAACCCCAAUCAAUAAUGUGAUGGUGGUGCUUUUCUAUGUUGCAGAAAAGCUUCACUGCCUUGUUACUGAAUUAAUAGAAGCAGCAGCCUUGCAGUACUUAGGCUGUCUAUCAGUUUUCAACUGAUAGUUGUUACCAGAGCUAGGCCUCUCAUGAUUAAAGUUCCCUCAUGAAAGACAGGGAAGUGUAUGCGCUACGUUUCCGCAAUCUCGUCAUUCCACGCUCGACAACUUGAAUUGAUAAAUUAGAAG